AACCACCCCGGCGAGGAGAGCCGGAGGGGAGCCGCUUCCAGCGGGGAGACCCGCAGCUCAGACACGCGCUCUGGGCGGCCUGGAUGCGCAAGAACCGGCCCCGCAGCUGCUGACGGCCGGCGGCAGCGAAGUUUGGCUGCUGAGCGGCUCGGCGCCCGGCCCCUGGACAGACUGCCAACCGGCGGCUGCAACAACCGGAGCGAUGCCCGUGGGGGGCCUGUUGCCGCUCUUUAGUAGCCCUGGGGGCGGCGGCCUGGGCGGCGGCUUGGGCGGUGGGCUUAGCGGCAGUAGGAAGGGGUCUGGCCCCGCCGCCUUCCGCCUCACCGAGAAGUUCGUGCUGCUGCUGGUGUUCAGCGCCUUCAUCACGCUCUGCUUCGGGGCAAUCUUCUUCCUGCCUGACUCCUCCAAGCUGCUGAGCGGGGUCCUGUUCCACUCCAACCCCGCCUUGCAGCCCGCGGCAGAGCACAAGCCCGGGCCCGGGGCGCGCGCCGAGGAUGUCGCCGAGGGGCGAGUCCGGCACCGCGAGGAAGGCGUGCCAGGGGACCCCGGGGCUGUACUGGAGGACAACUUAGCCAGGAUCCGUGAAAACCACGAGCGGGCUCUCAGGGAAGCCAAGGAGACCUUGCAGAAGCUACCCGAGGAGAUCCAAAGAGACAUUCUGCUGGAGAAGGAGAAGGUGGCCCAGGACCAGCUGCGUGACAAGGAGCUGUUUGGGGGCUUGCCCAAGGUGGACUUCAUACCUCCCAUCGGGAUAGAGAACCGGGAACCAGCUGAUGCCACCAUCCGCGAGAAGAGAGCAAAGAUCAAAGAGAUGAUGAACCAUGCUUGGAAUAAUUAUAAACGCUAUGCCUGGGGCUUAAACGAACUGAAACCUAUAUCAAAAGAAGGCCAUUCAAGCAGCUUAUUUGGCAGCAUCAAAGGAGCAACGAUAGUAGAUGCCCUGGAUACACUUUUCAUCAUGGGCAUGAAGACUGAAUUUCAAGAAGCUAAAUCAUGGAUUAAAAAAUAUUUAGAUUUUAAUGUGAAUGCUGAAGUUUCUGUUUUUGAAGUCAACAUACGCUUUGUCGGAGGACUGCUGUCCGCUUACUACUUGUCUGGAGAAGAGAUAUUUCGAAAGAAAGCAGUGGAACUUGGGGUAAAAUUGCUACCUGCAUUUCAUACUCCUUCUGGAAUACCUUGGGCAUUGCUGAAUAUGAAAAGUGGAAUUGGUCGGAACUGGCCCUGGGCCUCCGGAGGCAGCAGUAUUCUGGCAGAAUUUGGAACUUUGCAUCUGGAGUUCAUGCACUUGAGCCACUUAUCAGGAAACCCCAUCUUUGCCGAAAAGGUAAUGAAUAUUCGGACAGUGCUGAACAAACUGGAAAAACCAGAGGGCCUUUAUCCUAACUAUCUGAACCCCAGCAGUGGACAGUGGGGUCAACAUCAUGUGUCCGUCGGAGGACUUGGAGACAGCUUUUAUGAGUAUCUGCUCAAGGCCUGGUUAAUGUCUGACAGGACUGACGUAGAAGCCAAGAAGAUGUAUUUUGAUGCUGUUCAGGCCAUUGAGACUCACCUGAUCCGCAAGUCCAGCGGGGGACUAACAUACAUUGCAGAGUGGAAAGGGGGCCUCCUGGAACACAAAAUGGGCCACUUGACAUGCUUUGCAGGGGGCAUGUUUGCACUCGGGGCAGAUGGAGCUCCCGAAGCCCUGGCCCAACACUACCUUGAACUUGGAGCUGAAAUCGCCCGCACCUGUCAUGAAUCUUACAACCGUACCUUCAUGAAGCUGGGACCAGAAGCUUUCCGAUUUGAUGGCGGUGUGGAAGCCAUUGCCACGAGGCAAAAUGAAAAGUACUACAUCUUACGGCCGGAAGUUAUCGAGACUUACAUGUACAUGUGGCGACUGACUCAUGAUCCCAAGUACAGAACCUGGGCCUGGGAAGCCGUAGAGGCUCUGGAAAGUCACUGCAGAGUGAACGGUGGCUACUCAGGCCUGCGGGACGUUUACUUUGCUAAUGAAAGUUAUGACGAUGUCCAGCAAAGUUUCUUCCUGGCAGAGACACUAAAGUAUUUGUACUUGAUAUUUUCUGAUGACGAUCUUCUUCCGCUAGAACACUGGAUUUUCAAUACCGAGGCCCACCCUUUCCCUGUACUCCGAGAAGAGAAAAAGGAAAUUGAGGUCAAAGAGAAAUGAAAGACAUUCUCUAUUUCACUCUGCUUCGUUCCCUCACUGCAUACCUUAAUAAUUCCUUUCCUGGUCAUCAGACACAUGAUGAACUCUUAUUGAUCGAUAAAAGUCUAUGAUUAUCCUAA